UUGAGUUAAAUUCCAAGAGGAAGUAGAUAGGAAUGGGACCCAUUGUACAGCUGGAGCAACUACUUUUACUUCAGAGCAGAGCUGGUGUGACAUUUAUGCACUGCUUUUUUUUUUUUAAUUCCACUCAAACCUGGAAGAGUGCCUUGACUUGAAGGUGUCAAGUCAGGAGUACAAGGACAAGAAGAGAAAUCCAGUUCUAGAUUUGCCAUUAAGACCUUAUGUGACCUUGGGCACAUAAUCAUUUCCUUUCUUUAUUUUCUUUAUCUGCAAAAUGAAGAGGUAGAGGAAUGAUCUCCAAGCUCUAUGAGUCUUGUAUUGGCAGGAAAAGGUCAGAAAUAGGGUUUGGAACGAUCUUGCUAGAAAGGGCUGCCAGUGCACUAUAGGUUGGAGACUCUGAGGAUGGGAAGGUGGGACAAGGCCGCUAACUGGUGACAUGGCCAACCCUGCUGUGCUGUGUCUAUCCUCAGGUAUGGCAAGAGAGUGGCAGACAUCAAGGAGAGCAAGGAACAUGUAAUUGCAAACAGCGGCCAGUUUCAUUGUCAACGGCGGCAAUUUUUGCGGAUGUCUGUGAAGGAGCUGGAGACUGUGUUAACUGAUGAGCCAGGUCUACUGGGUCCUAAGGCUCUUUUUGCUUUCAUGGCCCUGUCCUUCAUUCGUGAUGAGGUCACCUGGCUGGUUCGCCAUACAGAAAAUGUUACCAAGACAAAGACACCUGAGGACUACACUGACUCGAGCAUUGCAGAGCUACUUUUCUUGUUGGAGGAGAUUAGGGCUUUGGUACGAAGACACAUCAAAGUGAUACAACAAUAUCAUCUUCAGUACCUGGCCAGAUUUGAUGCUCUUGUGCUCAGUGACAUCAUUCAGAACCUGUCUGUGUGUCCAGAGGAGGAGUCCAUCAUCAUGUCCUCAUUCGUCAGUACCCUCUCCAAUCUGAAUCUCAAACAAGUUGAUAAUGGAGAGAAAUUCGAAUUCUCUGGAUUAAGGCUAGACUGGUUUCGCCUGCAGGCCUAUACCAGUGUGGCAAAGGCUCCCCUGCACCUGCAUGAGAACCCUGACUUAGCCAAGGUGAUGAACCUCAUUGUUUUUCAUUCCCGAAUGUUGGACUCAGUAGAGAAAGUGCUGAUGGAAACUUCUGACCUUUCUACUUUCUGGUAUGUCCUGGUUCAGACUUCUUUAUCAAUUCACUUGAUCUUUUGCCUGAGCUCUGUAAUGACUAUAAUUCCUCUAGACAGAUGGGAAAUUCUCUUUUUCUUUUUGAUCUUAAUGGCAGAUGCUUGAUGCCACAGCUCACUCAUGCCAGCUUCUAACACUAAUCCUAAGUGAUAGGAUUGAAGUUGAUCCCCAUUUGUUCCAUAUUCAUCCUUGUGAGGAAAGCCAUUCGGACUUUACACAGCCUUGCCUGCUCUAGGCUAA